AGUAAAGCUACGUACCCCCAUCAUAUCGCCUUCAACUUCCAUACCAGAUACCAUCUCUUUUCCUACCAUAUAUAUGCACGAGCCCCUUCUCCACGAACACGAGCGCAUCAUAUAGCGGCGCAAGCAAGAAAACCAGGAGCACAUCAGAUUAUUCAUCCAGAGACCCAGAGAAGCACCCAUCGGAGCUCCUUAAUUUUCUCCAGGACUAUCAUCAUCAGCUCUCGCGGAUACCAACGAACGAUGGCGAGCGGCGGCUACGGCGGCCCCUACACCUCCUCCUACUACCAGUACCAGCCCGCGGCCGCGCCCUUCUACUACUACGCGCAGCAGCCGGCGAGGGGCGGCGGCUCGGGCUCGCGCCCGCCGGUGCACCUCUUCCUCCUGCUCGCGACGCUCCUCCUCCUCGCCGCCACCUCGCUGUACGCGCGGUGCGAGGCGGCGGUGGAGGCCGUGCUCCAGCAGCUCCGCCCGCUGCUCGUCCUGUCCCCGCUGCUGCUCAUCGUCGCCGCGCAGCUCUGGGUGGCGGCCAGCGGCGACCAUGGAGGGCGAGGCGGAGGCGCGCUCGCGUACCUCCUCUCGCAGGUGGCGCCGGGCGACCAGUACCACCGGAGCGGCCGUGGUGCGGCGUACGGACGGUGGGACGGCGGCUCGUCGUCGUCGUCGCCGUGGGGAGUGGCGCUGGCGCUGGCGCUCGUCCUGAUCUUGGUCUCGUACCAGUCCUCGUUCCAGGAGUGGCGGCUGUUCCCGCUGCGCGGCCGGUGAAGAGGUGCGAUGGACGGCGUGAGGUUUGGGCUGCGUCUGCGUGCAAUGAAGCUGCUUGCGUGAUCAGGGCCAUGGUUGGCAUGCAUGACCACUCUGUUGUGUUUGUCGGAGGAGCUAGCCUAGCCAUGGUUGGCAACUUGGCAUGGCCUUUAUAAUACCAUGAAUCCUUACAUCUAGAUGAUGCAUGGUUCUGCUGGUUUUCAUACAGCUUGGUUAGAGAUGCAAGAAUUUCACAUGAAGAGGAUUUGUUUCUCUAGGUGAAUGAGAAAAUAUCGAUGCUUCUUUCGGGUUUUUUAAUACAGUACAUGCGCAUACGCUCA